UGACGGGGAUGUUCAUUCAUUAGCAAGCAUAAUACCCGGGGGGUUACAGUGAAUCUAGUCUCUGAUUAACUGUUGAAGAGAAGAGAGACCCAUGAAGUAUGAAAUGUUGUGCGCAGACUCCAAUUCGUCCCUCCUCUUGAUCCUGAGAGUGACCCAUUUCACCCAUAGCCACAUUACAUCUCGCAUCUUGGACUCGCAUUUUCUUAGCCUGUAAAGCGGCAACUCAUCCCGUCGACGAUUGCUCCCACUCAUCGGUCUCCAUGAUGGUCGAAGGAUGCGCCAAAGGGGUGAAGUAUGGCCUCUUCGUCGCCAAUGCAGUCAUACUGGUGGGUGGUAUUGUGGUGUUCAGCGUUGGUAUCUGGACUCUUUCCGAUCGAUCCUUUAUGGAACGACUGUUGGGAAGUGAUUUAUACGUGAGCUCUGCCUCAAUUCUCAUUGCCACUGGAAUCAUUGUUACCAUCAUAUCGUUCCUCGGUUUCCUUGGAGCGAUCAAAGAAAUCAAAUGCAUGCUGUUGACGUUUUUCAUCAUUCUCUUUAUGAUCUUCAUUACGAUGUUGGUUGGAGGAAUUCUGGGAUACGUCUUCAGGAGUGAAGUGGAUGGCCGAAUGCACACUGAAAUGUUGAUGACCAUCAAGCUGUAUCAAAAUGAUACUCAAGUGACAGAUGCAUGGGAUGCCGUACAGAGUAUCUUUCAAUGUUGUGGAAUGUCAAUGGAUAAAGAUCCUGGAUAUGAAGUGUGGUCGAAGCAGAAUGCUCAUUUUGGAGGAGUUUAUAAGAUUCCGGCAACUUGCUGCAAGACAAAAGACGAUGGACUGAGAGACAGAUGCCAGAAAGAUCCAAAUGAAAACAAUGCCUACCUGGAGGGUUGUUACGAAAAGAUGAAAGAUUUUGUGGAGAAACAUGCCAAAAUUGUUGGCGGUAUUGGAGUGGGAAUUGCUUGCCUACUGCUCGUUGGUAUGGCCCUUUCCUGUGCAUUGUUUUGUUUAAUCAAGUAAUGACAUUCCUCAACAGUCCAUUGCACUUCUUCAGAACAUAGAAGUUCGAGUGGAAUGCUUUGAUUGAAAGUCCCUCCCGUCUUCAAGCAGCCAUCCGUCAAACGAGAAUUCAUGCAGUGUUUUACAUUUAGUAACACCGAUUCCACUUCCUCUUGCUCUUUUUAAUGAGCCAGUUUUGAAUGAAAAAGAUAUCAACCAUUUACUUUUAUUUCUUACUUUUAUGAAAACAAAUAUACAAGUAAAUCUUUCAAUUUGAGUCAAAAUUCUGAAUCGCUGUACCAGGGAAUUCCCUCCAAGAAAUCAUUUUGAAUUGCCAAGAGAGAGUCGGAGUUGGUGAAUCCUGCAGCUGAAGAGCUCGCCGAAAAUAGAGUCUUGUGUAUUUGUCCGUCUGUAUCCGAUCCAAGAUUAGAUAAAUUAUUGUUGUAAAAAUUGUUCAAUGUUAAGAACAGUAGUUUAGAGUCUGUUCUGGUAUUGCUCAUAAAGUAACUGUUUGAAGUUGAAAUAUUUAUCAAAGUUGAGAAUCAAGUUAAAAAUUUACGAUUUACUGUUUUCAGACAAGUUCUUCAGUUAUCCUUCCAAAAGUGCCUUUUUUUUACAACCUUUAACCUGAUUGGAAAAUGCCCUCCAUGUUAUGUUACAGUUGCUUCAAUCAUUAUCAUCGCCGAACUUCGCAUACUGUGUGAUAAAACGGAGGUCUGUCUUGAAACGUUAAUAUUAUAUAAAUCAAAAACUGUAUCAGUAUUAUUUACGAUAGAGCUGAAAGUAGAUUUAUGUGCAUCUAUGCUGGAUUUGCAAGUGGACCACUGUGUAAAAGUUACGUAAUCCAUAUUAUUCGUUGAAUAAUUAUGCAUAGGAAAUUAUAGACUAAAAAUUAAAAAUAUUUUUAUUGCUAUGGUCAGUAAAGAUGCAAGAUUCAUUAAAAGUAAUUGAAAGAAAUUUUAAUUUUCACAUGGUCUUUAAAGUGAUUAAUCUAGCCUCUGUGCACUGUAAAGUAAAGACUGUUAUCAGAAUGAGUUAAAUAUUUCUCUAGGAAAUACGAAUCUUAUUUUGGAAAGACAAACAUUUGUUCAUUUUAUAUUGGAUACAAAGCUAUAAUCAAUUAAAAACAAAGAUACAUAAUUUCAAAAAAUCUAAAGCAAAUUUUUUGAAUUAAAUUUAAAUGAAUGAAUCGCUUAAUUUCAAUCUUUGUACGUAAUGUAGAUAAAUUCUAUGAAUUGAAUGCUUGCUUUUAAAAUCUUGCUAUGCACACAUGUAAUAUUUAAAUAUUCAGAUAUAUUCCCGUCCCAGAAACAUAUAUUGUGUAUAUAUAUAAAAAAAAAGGAUGUUUGCCUUUCCACGAUCUCACAUGUCAAAUUUUUACUUUAAUACUGAUAUUGUAGUUUAUUGAAAUAAUUUAUUGCUCAUUGGAAACUUUUUUUGCACAAUUUGUAUAUGCAAACAACUCAAAGUAGUUACGUUUUAAACCUAUAUAAUUUUACUUAAAUAGUUGGAUAUAGAUUUAUUUGUUUAGGAUUGAUAUAGAAACUGUAUUUAAAUGUUAACUUCGUGAUUGUACAAAUGCGUUUUCAGUUCUGUGUGUUAUAUUAUUUAAAAGUGAAUCCUGUGUAAUUAUUUAUUUUAUUUGUAAAAAUGAUGUGAGAUGUUCUGAAAUUUGUAGAUAUGUGUUUUAAGAGGAAUUUUAUGUAAUAGAUAGUAUAGCAUUGAAAUUUGAUGUAUUUUCCCAGUUCAGUAAGAUGUAUAAUUCUUUUUCAUUUAAGAUGUAUUUGUAAUUUAACUGAGCUACAUUCCCUCAGGGUUAGUUGCAAGCAUAGAUUGAAUUUUAUUGGUGUCAUAUUUUCAUUGCUUGAUUCUUGCAUGUAAUAUGUAAUUGUUUUAGCUCUGUUUUACCAAUUUCAUGCACAGAAUUUUAGAUAACAACACUUAAUAAUAUAUUGUCUUGUUAUCUACUGCAUAUUCAUCUUUUGAGUGUAAAUUAAACGAUUUUACUAGAA